AUGCCCGUACCGAGGGGCCUUCAGUGGGUAAAAAAUCCGCCUAACUAUCGCUGGCAUUUCGAGGAGAGUAGGGAUUCUUUCAAAACACGACAUCCCUUGUAUCUAUCGAAGCAGGAAUCCCUGUCUCGCGACGAUGCGGGCGUGAGUCAGGCGGCGCUAUCGCAAUCCCGUGGCGCCGCCGACCGCAUUGAUAGCGAGGCACGGUCCGCCCACACCGUCACUCGGCUUCGGCACGCGGACCUGCUG